GUAUAGCUGACAGGGAUCAGAAUGAAAAAGUAGGACUGCAGCUAACAGUGACCAGAAUGAAAAUUACGGAGAAAUUAAGGAAGGGGAGAUAGCCAGAGAUGGAAGUCCAUUUAGCUGCGUCAAUGGCAUUUGGGAUUUUGUAUUGAUCCUCGAUCGUCAAUCUCUUACUCUUCAUCCAUCCUCUCACCAGUGAGGAGCUGACAUAGGCACGAAAGAUAAAUCACAAGCGAACUUGCGAUGCAUAGGGUGAAGGUCUACCGUCUAAAUGAAGAUGGUAAAUGGGAUGACCAAGGGACUGGACAUGUUACUGUUGAUCAUUUGGAGUUUAUUCAAUUCUUUGACUGGAUUCUUUUUUGUCUUUUAUUCCUGCUGAAUUUCUGGAACCUAAACAAAAGCAUAAUGCUGUAGUUCUUGAAAAAUUUCUUCAGUAAAAUGUGUAAGGCAUUUUGAAAUGUGAAUGUUAUCGAGCAGAAAUCAGAUGAUUUGGGCUUGUUUGUUAUUGAUGAAGAUGACAAUGAAACACUACUUCUGCAUCGUAUCAUGCCAGAUGACAUUUAUAGAAAACAAGAAGGGAUCACAUCUGUAAUGUGCAAAGAAGUCUGCAGUUUAGUCCUAUUGAGAGGAUCAUGGGGCCUCCAGUUCACGUUGUGAAGUGCAUUGCAGAAACGGGCGCAGAAGAAAAAUUACAAGUGGAAUCCAAUUCAAUGCAUAUGGUGAAGGUCUACCGUCUAAAUGAAGAUGGAAAAUGGGAUAACCAAGGGACUGGACAUGUUACUGUUGACCAUUUGGAGGGGUCGGAUGAACUCGGCUUGUUUGUUAUUGAUGAGGACGAAACACUACUUCUGCAUCGUAUCGUGCCAGGUGACAUUUACAGAAAACAAGAAGAUACAAUAAUCUCAUGGAGAGAUCCAGAAUAUUCUACAGAAUUAGCACUAAGCUUUCAAGAGACAACUGGGUGUUCUUACAUUUGGGAUAAUAUCUGUACUGUGCAAAGAAAUCUACAGUUUAGUACUCCGAAGAAGAUGCUGGGGCAUCUACUUCAAGUUGUGAGGCAUGGAGCUGACAUGGGCGCAAAAGAGAGAGCACAAGUGGAAUCCAAUUCAAUGCAUAGGGUGAAGGUCUACCGUCUAAAUGAAGAUGGAAAAUGGGAUGACCAAGGGACUGGACAUGUUACUAUUGACCAUUUGGAGGGGUCGGAUGAACUCGGCUUGUUUGUUAUUGAUGAAGACGACAAUGAAACACUACUUCUACAUCGUAUCCUGCCAGAUGGCAUUUACAGAAAACAAGAAGAUACAAUAAUCUCAUGGAGAGAUCCAGAAUAUUUUACAGAAUUAGCACUAAGCUUUCAAGAGACAGCUGGGUGUUCUUAUAUAUGGGAUCAUGUCUGCAAUGUGCAAAGAAAUCUGCAGUAUAGUACUAUUAAGAUAAAAUCCUCAGGGAUGUUGGGGCCUCCGGUUCAGGUUGGGAAAUGUGGGGCGGAAAUGGGGACAGAAGAGAAGUCACAAGUGGAAUCCAAUUCGAUGCAUGGGGUGAAGGUCUACCGUCUAAAUGAUGACGGUAAAUGGGAUGACCAAGGGACUGGACAUGUUACUGUUGACUGUUUGGAGGGAUCAGAUGACCUGGGCUUGUUUGUUAUUGAUGAAAACGACAAUGAAACACUACUUAUUCAUCGUAUCAUGCCAGAUGACAUUUACAGGAAACAAGAAGAUACAAUAAUCUCAUGGAGAGAUCCGGUAUGUUCUGCAGAAUUAGCGCUAAGUUUUCAGGAGACAACUGGGUGUUCUCAUAUAUGGUAUAAUAUCUGUAAUGUGCAUAGAAGUCUGCAGUUUAGUACAAUUGAGAAGAGAACUUCAAGAGGCUCGUUAAGUGCCAACACUCAAUACUCCUGCAACAUGUGGCACAAUCACAAAGAUGUUUCAAUUGGUAGCCGUGAAUUUUCUGGCAAUAGCUUAAAUCUGCAGUAUUUGGAACCCAGAAGCUAUGGCAGAAACUAUGCAAGUGAUGAGGAAGAAACUGUUUCAAUGCCUGUGUUUCCGUCCAAAAAAUCUUUAACUACUGAAGUUUCUGAUGGUUGGAAGUCAAAGCGUUCCAAGACUGAAUUUACAUAUUCUAGCACCUCUUCAGAAUCAGAAGUAAACUUUGCAACAUUUGAUUCCACCUUCCUAUUCACACUGUCUAAGGAUGAAGAGAGAAAGCAAAACUUCAAGUGAAAACGUAUGACCAAUCAAACAUUAUGCCUCCCAGAAUUUCUUAUGAUGGCCAUUUAUUUUUGGUUAGAUGAUGUUUUGGGGGGGGAAAUUGCGUAUAUGUCAGCGGAUUUUUUUCCC